AUGGAACCACCUCUUUCGCCGACAUGGCUUCAGAUCGAGCAGGCCAUUGGCAAGAGGCCACAGUUCACAGGAAAUACACUGUCUAUGAGACAACAAUAUAAAGCAUUUGCAGGCCAAGCCAACAGUUCUUGUACGGAGUCCGCAAAUCUCAGGAUUGAAGAUAUAAGUAUCUCGCCUCAUCUGGCAGCUAGGGCGUACCACCCUGUUAAGUCGGAAGGAAGCCAGCCACUGCCCGUCGGCGUUUAUUUUCACGGCGGUGGAUGGUGCUGUGGUGACUUAGACACGGAAGACCCUUUCUGCCAACUCAUUGCCGAACAUUUGCCUUGUAUCAUUGUCUCAGUGGAGUAUCGAUUGGAACCUGAACACAAAAGCCCAACUCAGCUUGAAGACGGUCUUGAGGGCUGGAGCUGGGCAUUCAGAAAUGCUUCGAAGCUGAACGGGGAUAGCCAAAGAUACUUCGUCGUUGGCCAAAGUGCUGGAGUCCACCUCGCUCUUGCUCUAGCAAACAAGCUUGUGAGCUUGGAUCGCCAGGGCGAGGUCCGUGGUAUAGCUGCUCUCGUGCCAAUUGUUGCUCUUCCUCUACAUAUUCCCACUGAGUAUCUUGUCCAUGCUAUGAACGAACUCUUUGAUUCAGUGGGAGCCAGCCCUCAGGACCCAGAUUUCUUCAUAAUAAACAGCAGUUAUUUGAACAGGUUUCCUGCAACCUACUUAGCCAUUUGUGAUGUCGAUCCGAUUCGUGAUGACGGUUUAAUCAUUCACGACGCUUUAAAUAAGGCCGGUGUUCCAACAAAGAUCAACCAUUACGUUGGACUACCGCACGUUUUCUGGGCGUUGGAUUGUCCCGCGCCAAGUGGGAACUUUUUGGGUGAUGUGCUCGAUGGCAUUAACUUUGCAAUCAAUGCGUAG